UAGAGCGCCCCACAGCCAGGAAGUACAAGACACCGCACAGCCUCCCAAAUAUGAGAAGAAGAACAACGCCAGCCGCUGCGGGAGGAGGAGACGGCAGGUAGAGGGCUCCCCGCAUCCAGCGCCGAGAACACUGCAGGUCUGGGUGUUAUGGAGUAUUCCUUGACUCUUCAUCUUGCAUCUGAGGAAGAUGUAGGUAUUGACUAAAGACUAUUCUCUUGAUCCUGCCCAAGCCAUUUGUGGCCUAAAGACCCCCUCCAUCUGAUUAGUGCCUUAACAGCAACACUUGGGCUCCCCUGAAUGAGUGCAUCACCCAUCUCUGCUGUGAUCUAAAAGGGGCUAAGUUGGCUUAUUGUGUCCUAAAACUGGCAGCAACCAUGCCCAUUCAGUCCCUCGCUGAAUUUAUUGAAGGUCCUGACGGCAUAGGUAGCUCUGUCUGCUCCCAAAUGGAAAGCUCUCGUUCAUCCCGGGCUAUGAAGCGACGAAAUGCAAUGUCCCAGAAAACAUUGCAGGAAAGUUUUCUGAUACAAGCUGAGGGGGAUGCGACUUUUGACUGUAUAUUUUGUAAUGAGUCCUAUAAACAUCAUGAAGAUCUUGGAAAGCAUGUUCUGACUCGGCAUAGACCAACUUUAUGUGAGCCCACUGUUCUUUGUGUGGAGGCAGAGUAUCUUGGCCCUGAAGACAAGCGCAGGAAGAGUGUCGGGGGGUCUGCGAAGGAGGAUAAAGAUGACAAUGAAGGGUCAGACUGUGAGGUGUGUGGUCAGACCUUUAAUGAUUCAACAGACUUAGAAACCCACAUGAAGAAGCACAAGGAUUCCUUCACAUACUCUUGCAAUAUUUGUGGUAGGAGAUUCAAAGAGCCCUGGUUUCUCAAAAACCAUAAGCGGACCCAUUCCAGCCGAACAGGAUGGAGAAAUAAACAGGUGGUUAUUGAGACCCCCGUCACCAUAAACGAGAUUGUCCAAGAACAAGUGGACAAAAAUGUUACCUCCCCCUAUAAGCUGUGCAUGGUAUGUGGCUUCUUCUUUCCUGACAAAGAGUCCCUGUUGGAUCAUAGUAAGAUUCAUAUCAAAGGAUUGAAGCUGGGGACUUGUGAGGCGUCUGCUACCAAGGAGGAACCAGAUGAUGUCCCCAAAGAAGACUUCCUAAACUUCUUAAAUCUAAAGCCCUCAAAGCCACCUGCCAAAAACCCUAAACAAUCCUGCAAAUGGAUUGGAGAACUGGACCCUUUCAACACCUACCAAGCUUGGCAGCUGGCAACUAAAGGCAAAGUGGCCUUAGGCUUUGGUCGUGUAAAGGAGCCAUUCUUUGAAGUCAACUUGGAAACUGAUUCUGACAAGGAUGAGAUCACCGAUGUUUGGAAUACAGGAAAGAUGAAUCAGUCUGUUCUCUUGGGUGAGACAGACACUACUAAAGGUAAAGACUGUGCGGGAGUCACACAGGCACAGGGACUUGAUGAGCCUAAAAACGGGAAUACGGAGGAGGAAAGAAAGGUUCAAGGGGUGCAGGAUAAGACCCCAUUCUGUUCUGACUGUGGGAAGUGGUUUAAGACCUACCAACAGCUGGUAAUGCAUUCCCGUGUACACAGGAAGGACAGGAGUGAUUCAGAGUCCUCAACCAUGAGUAACAUUGAAGGACUGCUGUCUGCCAGCUCUCCAGAAACUCCAGCCAGUGUGGAGGAUCAGGAGACAGUUAAGAUGGAGGAUGAAUCUGACUCAGGAGAUGAUCAAAUGAAUGAAAAAAUUGAUGAUGGACAAGCAAUCUCUAAAACCAAAGGCCUUCCAGCUUCCAGGGAAUGCGGUUUCUGUGGAAAGAGCUUUCGCUCAAACUAUUACCUCAAUAUUCAUCUCAGGACUCAUACAGGUGAAAAGCCAUACAAAUGUGAAUUUUGUGAUUAUGCUGCUGCACAGAAAACAUCCCUGAGGUAUCACUUGGAGAGGCACCACAAAUUUAAGCCUGGAGAAUCUAAUGCUCGUGUGAGAAGCAUCAGUAAAAGUUUACAACUACUUAAGAGGUCCCCAGAUCCUCCUCCUGCCAACAUGCAGGAAAACAAAGUGUCCCAGACACCCAUAACUGAUACCAAAGAGGACACUUUGCUCUCCAAACCCCCCAAGAGGAUGUCAGCCCUGCGUAAUAAACUGGUGAACACAAAGCAACUCUUCCAAGGGGAGGCAAAAGCCACUGUCAAACAGGAGCCAGAAAAGUCUGUGCUGGAGGAGGAACUGCCAAGGACACCCAUUAUGGAGGACAUUUCAUUGGCUUGUGAUGAAACCCUUGACCUAGAAAUGUGCUCAUAUGAAGAGACCUCUGUGGAAAGCCAAGUCUUUACACCUAAUAUACCAGAUGAUUUAGAGCCUGUUCCUUUGGACUUAUGUAUAAAAGCUAAGGACUUACCUGCCACUUUAUAUAAUGGUGCCUUAUUGUUAGUGCGUACCUGUCCGUACUGCACUUACAAAACCUUAUACCCUGAGGUGUUAAUCCUACACCAGAAACUGAUCCACAAACAAAACUAUGACCUUCUCCACAAACCUGGCGGCGGCAGCAGGAGUAAAAACCCAGGUCUUGUCAUAAAAAUGAGGCGCACCGGUUGUCCCCCCGCUCUACAAGGGGUUGAUGUGUCACCUAUGCAGCUGGAUGGUGCUAGGUUAAAAGGGUCUCCCCCAACGAAUACAAAGACUCUGAACCAUGAGAAACCUAAACGGGCACCUGCCCAGUCAAACAAGACCACACAAUCAGAAACAGACUGUAAGAGUGAGCAAGAAAAUAAGCUUCAAAGUGGCCAGCAAGUCGGCAGCUAUAGGUGCCUGCAGCCUGACCUACAAGGAAUCACCCACUUGUUAGAAAGGAUGCAGCAUCCUGAACAGAACUGUCCUCCGUGGGCCUCUUCCCCCAACCCACAAACCAGCAAUGUAAGCAUGAAUGGAUCAGAGCACUCUUAUCGUAUGAUCUCGUCAUUGUUUACAGAGCACCCAUUUGCCAGAGCCACUCAUCUAGAGCUUGGGGAGCCCUUCACAAAGAGGGCCAAACAUGGUAUGUUAAGCUCUGCUUCCAGCAGCAACUAUGCCAGUGCAGAGAUGCUUAAGAGACUUCACCACAGCCAAGUGAACAUGCACAAUCUCGAGAGGCCCCCAAUCAAGUCGGGUCCAGCAGUACUAAGCAAUCUGUUGUAUCCAUACGAGGUUGAUCCACAUUGGAGCCUGUUGAAGUCUUACGAGCAGCCACCGGCUGGAGCACCAUUUGCUAUUAGCAAUCCUUCCCUGAAUCAGGGGUCUGCUGCAUCUAUUGAUGUGAAACAGAGCUCGCUAUAUCGUCGGAUAUCCAAGCGAGGUUUUGGACCAAACGACAAGAGGCCUUAAUCUUAGUGUUAGGAGGGGCCUGAAAGAUCCUAGAGCAUUCCAGACAUUCACAAGCUGCUACAUAUCAUUUGAAAAGUGUCCCUGAACUCUACAGAAACUGUGAAUGUGCUUUCAAGUGACACUAGAACUUUUAUUUUUCCUUCUAAGAUGCCGGACGACACAUGUACUUUAGUCUAGCCUCUGGGAAUGCUCGCUGUAUGGAGAUUUAUAUUUUUGUUUAUCCCACAUGAAAACUGUGGGAGAUGGAAAUUUACUUGAGAAGCCCCUGGCAUUUUCUAUUUUUAUUUUUGGGGCUGUGUUUUGUGGGUGAAUAGCUGGGAUUAAUAUAGAUAUUUUUCACAUCUCUGUACUAUUUAUUUUUGCCACAAAUUAAAUGGUGACGACGUUCAGACAGACUGUGUACAUACUUACCUCCAAGGGCAUCGUCUGCCCUUCUUGCCUUAACCUGAUGCUGUUCCAGGCUUGUUUUCCAUGUAAUUCCCAUCAGUUCACAUGGUCACUAUUUUUUUUUAUAUAUUUUUUUAUUUCAGUUCUCAAAAAAUUUAAUUGAGGGGCAAAAAGUUGAACUUUAUGCCCCUGCUAUAAGUGACGUUUUACCAUUGAAAACUUUUGUCUGCACUGGAUGUGGGACUGGAAAGCUCAGAUUAUUGAAGCCUCAGGUAUACUCUGCAUGGGAUGCAAAGUACAGUUCCUGGAUGGUUUUUAUGUUUGGGGCCCUGCAAUUCUGUCUUGAGUUUAUAUAUCAAUGCAAACUGUACUUUAACACUGUCAAGACCUCCCCAACCCACCAUGUAUGUACACACUGUGAAAGGAUUUUCCUAUUAGUCAGGUAAAAGGAUUACAUUUUUUCUUGCACUAUUACAAAUGUUCUGUAGAAGCCAUGUGGUCCUUAAAGGGGUGCUCCAUCUGACUUAAUACCCUGGGCAAUGGCAUGGUUUGACUGUUGAGCUGCUUUUUUUCCAUGAAGCUGAUUUGGCUCUGCCUCCAGUAAAUGUGUUGUCAAACUGGUUUCUGCAUGAUGACUCUGAUGUAAAGGGCUGUAACUGUUAGGGCCCUUGCACACGAUUGUAUGCCCUCCGACAUAGUCUGUGAGCGGGCCAUAUGUCCCAGAGCGGCAUUGAUUGUGUGUGUGUAUGGGAGUAUACAGCAUCAUUGCUAUCUAUGAUGCUGUGUGCUCCUGUGUACACAAUCAAUGCUGCUCUGGGACAUAUGGACCAUAUAUCUCGGAGGGCAUACGGUCAUGUACAAGGGCUCUUAAGUGUAUCCAUAGCCACCAGUCAUGAUCCAAGACUUAAUGGGGUGCACCAGUUAACUUAUCCCCUAUCUACAGGAAUUGGCACAACUAUUAGGCCUCAUGCACACAAACGUAUUUUCAUAUUGUGUCUGUUCCCUUUUUUUGUGUACCAUAUACCAAACCAUUCAUUUCAUAGGGUCCACAAAAAAACGGAAGGUACUCCGUGUGUAUUCGUAUUUCCGUUCCGCAAAGACUGAGAACGUGUCCUAUUGGCUGCAUUACGGACAAGGAUAGGACUGUUCUAUUGGGGGCCAGCUGUUCCGUUACGCAAAAUACAGAAUGCACACUGUCUUCCGCAUCUUUUGCAGACUGCAAAAUACAUGCAGUUGUGUGCAAGAGGCCUUAGAUUACCACUGGGACCCCUAACAAUCAUGAGAAAGUACCCUGUACCCCUCUGAGCCCCCUGAAAUGAACAGAGCAGUAGGUCGGGUAUGCAAACUGCCACUCCAUUCAUCUCCACGUGAGAUCUGGAAAUAGCCGGGUACUGUACCCUGCAAUCUCGGGAACUCCUGUAGAGACUAAUGGAGCAGAAAUGUGCAUUCCUCAACCUGCUGCUCAAGAACUGAAGUCCAGGAAGACUGGCCGCACUGAAGUCAUUAUCUUCCCCUCCACCUCUGCAAUAGUUGCUGAAAUGGAGUCCAUUGUGCAUUCACCUUUAAAUAUAUUUUUACGGGUAAAUUCUCCAUAGAAUAGUCAGUGACGUGUGUCUUUAUGGUAUUCCUGUCACAUCUGAAGCUCACACUGCUGUCGCCACCCUGUUGCAGAGGGUAAACUCUGGUGUCUUACAUUGUAAAGACCUGGCAGUAGGGGACUCUACAUCUAACAGUUGUAAAAGUGGCUUUGGUUGUGACCGGAGUGUUAGGGCGACUUCACAUGCAGCAGACUUUAUUGCAGAAAGUUUUCUGCAACUAAAAUCUGUUCCCUUCAUCUGAAGACUUGCAGAAACCCAUGUUUUGUUUUUCCAUAAAAACAGCUGCUCCUUAUAGAAACCUUGACACCUGUGCGGGGAAAUCUCAGUGGGGGAGGGACAGGCCUACAUGUCGUCUGCCGUACCUGGCUUUGUAUUUAUCAACCCUGAUGACUCAGUAUUUAAUUAUUGGGAACCCCCCCCCCCCACACACACACACACCCCUGUUAUCCAUAUUGACUUGUAUGUAUUUAUUUCAUGCCUCUAUUCCACAUCUUUUUUUUUAUUUAUAAUUUUUAUUUUUUUGCUUUAAGUUAUGUUUUUGUUUGUUGCCAUGUGACUUGCCUUCUGUCUGUAAAUACAGAUUUGGUGUUUUGCAAUUCAAUUGUUGUGUAAUUUAUUCUGUGAGAUGUGGGGGCACACAACAUCACAAGAAUUCUGCCUAUAGUUAAAGGGGUUAUGCCAUGAUUAAUUAAAAAAAACAAAAUGAGACAUCAUCUAGUUUUACAGUACCUUUCUAACAAAGCUAGACCCUGCCCUGUACCUCACAUGGAUCCAGAGAUCUCCCCAUUCACUGCUCUAAUUGCUCUGCUAGAUUAUCUAUAGACUGGCAGUUCAUGUGGUGGUCUUUCUGCUGCAGCUCUCUCCCUGUAUCUGUAACCUCUUCUAACAGAACAUAUGGCUGGUGCCAGUUGA